CACGCAGCCGCUCUUCCUUCCGCCGCGGCGGCCCCAGGGUCCGGCUCCGCGCUCACCGUGGGCCCUGCGCGAGUCUCCGGCUCGGGUCCCUGCCCCGCGCCGCGCUGGGCGCCAUGGCGCUCCCCGGAGCCCGGGCCCGGGCCUGGGGCUGGACGGCAGCAGCCAGAGCCGCCCAGAGGCGCCGCCGCAUGGAGGGAGCGGGAGGGUCCCCGAGUCCUGAGCCUGGGGGCCCGCGCGCGGCGCUUUAUGUACACUGGCCUUACUGCGAGAAGCGCUGCAGUUACUGCAACUUCAACAAGUACAUCCCUCAAGGCCUGGAGGAGGCUGCCAUGCAGAAGUGUCUGGUGACCGAAGCGCAGACACUGCUGCGGCUCAGCGGGGUGCAACGCGUGGAGUCCGUGUUCUUUGGUGGGGGGACCCCCAGUCUAGCCAGUCCCCACACAGUGGCUGCUGUCCUGGACGCUGUGGCACAGACAGCCCACCUGCCUGCAGACUCGGAAGUCACAUUGGAGGCUAAUCCCACUUCAGCUCCAGCCUCCAGGCUGGCGGAGUUCGGGGCAGCAGGGGUCAACAGGUUGUCCAUAGGCCUCCAGUCCCUAGACGACACUGAGCUCCGGCUGCUGGGACGGACGCACUCAGCCAGCGAUGCUCUGCGAACGCUGGCAGAGGCCAGGUGCCUCUUUCCCGGGCGCGUGUCCGUGGACUUGAUGCUGGGGCUGCCAGCCCAGCAAGUGGGACCGUGGCUUGGGCAGCUGCAGGAACUGCUGCACCACUGUGACGACCACCUCUCCCUCUACCAGCUGUCCCUGGAGCGGGGCACCACCCUCUUUGCCCAGGUACAGCAGGGCGCGCUCCCAGCCCCUGACCCGGAGCUCGCGGCUGAGAUGUACGAGAGGGGCCGGGCCGUCCUUCGGGAGGCUGGCUUCCGCCAGUAUGAGGUCUCCAACUUUGCCCGGAAUGGGGCGCUCAGUACACACAAUUGGACUUACUGGCAGUGUGGUCAGUACCUUGGCAUUGGGCCUGGGGCCCACGGGCGAUUCAUGCCCCAGGGGGCUGGAGGCCACACCCGGGAGGCUCGGAUCCAGACAUUGGAGCCUGACAACUGGAUGAAGGAGGUGAUGCGGUUUGGCCAUGGCACCCGGAAGCGUGUGCCCCUGGGCAGGCUGGAGCUGCUGGAGGAAGUUUUGGCCCUGGGGCUACGCACUGAUGUGGGGAUCACUCACCAGCACUGGGAGCAGUUUGAGCCCCAGCUGACCCUGUGGGACAUGUUUGGAGCAAACAAGGAGGUGCAGGAGCUGCUGGAGCGGGGCCUACUGCAGCUGGAUCACAGGGGUCUUCGGUGUUCCUGGAAGGGUCUGGCUGUGCUGGACUCUCUCUUGCUGACCCUCCUGCCUCAGCUCCAAGAGGCCUGGCAGCAGAGAGCCCCCUCCCCCGUACCAGGAGGAUGACCAGAUGUUCCUGUGUUCCAGGGUAAUGCCAGGUGGGCUUUGAGGGCUGGGUCGGCCCUGUCUCUGCUCCACGUGGCCAUUGCCCAGCCCUGGCAUCCCCAGGGGAAUGGCAGCAGUGAGGUAGAUGGGAGGACAUUUUUGGUCCGGGAGCUUGCAUCCCAUUCAGCAUCUCCGGACAUGUGUUCCAUGGCUGGGAGUUGCUUACCACCCACGUCAGCUUCUGUUUACCUUUUGACAUCAACGAAUGAACAGUGUUUGGAAAUCUUUCUACAGGCAGUUACCUCCCGAGGAGAAGCCUUCCUUACUUUGGAGUAAGGUCCUAAGACAGCUGGACGAAUCAGGAAAACCAUGUCCCCUCUAGGUAUUAUUAAUAUAUGCAGGAAGGAUCUACUGUAGGAAUGAAGUAUUUAUAAAACCAUUGAAAGGGACAGAGAAGUGAAAAUUGGAGAAAGCCAGCAGCAACUGUCAGAAAUGAGCAACGUGCAGGAGGCACAGAAGACUCCUGCUGAUGGUCUCAGCUUCCAGCAGCACAAAAGCAGGUGAUGUACAGGAAAAUGCUCAGAAGAUGCUGCAGAACCUCAUGCCUACUGCCUGCCAUGGCUGGAAAAGGAAUCGUGGCUUCUAGAAGUGCCUCUCAUUAGUGGACUUUAAAGCAAAUCCUGGCGGGCAGGAAAUGCUGAGGAAUAUAGUUCUCAGGCUUCAAGCCUCGACCGUAAGGGAGAGAACACAGAAGGACUUGAUGUAUGCUAGUGGGUCCAUGUGUGUCCAGCACAGCAGCCUGCUGGACUCUGAGGACUGGGAAAGAUCAGAGCAAGCCUUGCCUCUCAUCUUUGGGCAACCGGAAUAUGUUUGGGGUGACAGGAGCCACACAGACUCUCCUCAGUCCCCUCACCCACUCCCUUCCCCCUGUGUCUUUCCCUUGAGAGUGAAGGCGGGUGGAGUUGACCAGAGGAAGGGGAGAGAAUUCAGGAAAGACCCAAAGUGUUUGUAAUUCUUCUUUGUCCUUUUACCUACAGAGAUAGUCACAUGGUUCUACUUAAAUAGCCUAAUAAUCACAUCUGGAGCCUG